GGUUACAGGCUGGAGUGUUUUAGGUAUUUAUGAAUCCAUCACAUAGUUGUUAUGCUGAGUUGUUCAUAAUUGUGUUAAACAGAUCACUUUUUUUGCAGAUUUAUGUUGCCGCAUGUUUAAACUUUUUUUCUUAUUUGGUACAAAAUUCAGUUGCCAAGGAAAGUGUACUAGGUCAUUUCAUCCAACUGUCAAUGAUGGCGCUGAAUGUCAUUCCAAGUCUCUUGGUUAUACUGAUGUAGAAGCAGAAGAAAUGAAUACCAUAGAUUUUUAUUGUGCAAAUUGCAAGUAUAACCAACACCAGUCCUUUGUUUGUGGGGAAUUGAUGUCUUCUGAUGAAUCGUCUUGUGCUGAGGUGCGAUUCGAUUGACAUAUACCAUAACAUCUUUUAUUUUUGGUGUGCCCCAUGAUGCAGGAUAUAUAUUUCAUUCAUAGUAA